AUGACCACCCAGAACACUAGCAAGCGGCUAGAUAUAACCGUCUUCCGUGGCUGGAAAGAAUCCGGGCAUUAUGUGUGGUCUCCAUACGUAACCAAGUUAGAAGCACGACUCCGCUUUGCUGGUUUGUCAUAUAAGACGGACGCGGGGUCACUCAAAGCGGCACCGAAGGGCAAGAUCCCGUAUAUUGAAUGCAAUGAUCUAUCCUCUUCCUCAGCAAACCAACAGGAAAGCUCGCAGCCGAAGAUACUACUUAGCGACUCUGCCCUCAUCCCCAGGACUUUAUCGGAAUGGGGCGUCCUUCCAGAUCUAAACGGCUCACUAGAUCCAGUCAAGCGAUCGCAUGAUGCGGGAUUGAUAGCUUUACUUGAGAAUAAGCUAUAUUUCUAUCACGCCAAAGAGCGUUGGAUCCAGAACUACUAUACCAUGAGGGACUACGCACUAUGGUCGAUACCAUACCCAAUACGCGUGCUCGUGGGCUUGAUGAUCUAUCGCAACACUACGGCGAUGCUACAUGGGCAAGGCACCGGCCGAUUCACAGACGAGGAAAUCGCUGAAUCCCGGCGUGAGAUUUGGGAACUGUUUAGUGCGCUUCUUACUGUUUCGCGAUCCAACAGCAAGGGUGGCGAUACCGACCCGUUCUGGGUUCUUGGUGGGGAUCAACCGACCGAGGUAGACACAUGCUUAUUCGGAUUUAUCAGCUCAGUUGCUCUAUGUACUGCUGCGCCCGAUUCUCGGAAGGUGGUCGAAAGUCUCCCUGUUCUUUUUGAUUACGCGGGGCGCAUCCACGAUCGCUAUUUCCCAGAUUAUGAGAGAUGGUCCGAUUAA